CCAACCCCUCAUGUCUGUGGUGAAGUCGAUCGAAUUAGUGCUGCCCAAGGAUGCGGUCUACCUGGCCGGCUCCAGCAUAAAAGGGCAGGUGGUUCUAACUCUGAAUAGCACGCUGGUGGACCCCAUUGUGAAGGUGGAGCUCGUGGGAAGAGGUUAUGUGGAGUGGAAUGAGGAGAUUGGGGCAUCCCGCGAUUACAGUCGAGAUGUUAUUUGCAACAACAAGGCUGACUACGUGUACAAGACAAAGACAUUCCCAGUGGAGGAUAAUUGGUUAAGUGCAGGCAGCCACAUCUUUGACUUCCAUUUCAACUUACCUCCCAGGCUCCCUUCUACCUUCACCAGCAAAAUCGGCCAAGUCUUAUACUUCGUGCAGGCCUCCUGCAUGGGUCGCGAACACAUUCUAGCCAAGAAGAGAAUGUACUUGUUGGUUCAAGGGACUUCUUCGAAUUUCCACGCAGAAAACCCAUUGCAGAAUCCUCUGUUCGUGGAGGCUGAGAAAAAGAUCUCCUACAACUGCUGCAGCCAGGGCACCAUCUGCCUGCAGAUCCAGAUGGAAAAAAAUACCUUCGCGCCGGGGGAGAGGGUCAUUUUCACCACGGAAAUCAACAACCAGACCAGCAAGUGCAUCAAGACGGUCAUCUUCGCCCUCUACGCCCACGUGCAGUACGAGGGCUUCACGCCCAACGCGGAGCGGCGCUCCAGGGUGGACAGCAGCGAGCUGCUUCGGCAGGAGGCCAACACCCAGAUCACACCCUUCAACACCACCAAGAUCGUCAGCACUUUCCACCUCCCGCCGGUGCUGUCCGUGAGCGGCGGGACGCAGGACAGCGAGAUCAUGAACACCCGCUACGAGCUGGUCAGCACCGUCCACCUGCCCUGGUCCCUGAGUAGCGUCAAGGUCAAGGUGCCCAUAAUCAUCACCAGCGCCCCCGCGGACUCGGACAGCUGCGGGCUGCGGGACGCGGGCAGCGUUUCCCAGGAGCUCGAAUCGUCAGAAUCACAUGCCCAAACGUCUAAAUAUUAAAAGUUUUAUCAGCCUCUA